CAGAGGUCAACGUUCUGUCCGGCUGCCUCCUCCACUACGCUGCCAGCACGUCGAGUGUACGGGUUGUUUACGGACUCUUUACGUUAGAUCCACUGGGAACCAUCGUUAGUGGGUGAGCGAGUGCAGAAGCCAUGGCGUACAAACCCAAGGCUGUCCGCGGACUGGGCUGGGCUAUGGUGGUCCUGGGCUCCCUCAGCGUCACGCUAGGGGUCGCUGCAGACAUCCACUUCUCCGCUUUGGGCGUGAGAGCUGUGGAGCACUUCAUCAGCGCACCUGUCUGGAGCGGGCUGCUGGUACUUACGACAGGUAUUCUGGGUAUUUUCAGCGCAAAGAAACCAACAAAUAAGUGCCUGAUCGUGGCGUUCAUGGUUGUUGCGAUAUUCGUGAUCCUGACGUGUGCGUGCUGCAUCGGCUUCGCUGCGCUGGGGAUCUGGCUGGGGAUCUGGCUGGACUAUAGAAUGUGUGCACAGUUCGACUAUGGUGCGUACUACGCCGCCGUGGAGCGUCAUGAGAACAACCCGACCCAAUAUGAAGACCCAGAUUUUUGGAACUUCAAGACCUACGACUGCAGCGCGUCCGCCAUCGGUCUGCACGCCGCCAACAUCGUCCUGGCCGUGAUUGAGAUCAUGCUCGGGUUCGCGGUGUCCAUCACGAGCUGCGUCGGGCUCUGCACCAUGCGACGCGCUGCGGGACAGACAGUGAUCUACGGUGCCCAGGGUAGCCAUCCGCAGGUGUUCGUGGCCCAGAAUCCAGGUGCGGCGGUAACAGGCGCACCUGUCCAGCUGUACUACCCGGCCCAGGUGCCACCUGCCUACCACGUGGAUCCAGGUGCAACGUCAGGUGUUCAGCAAGAGAAGAAAGGCCCGAUACCUGCUGAUUCCGUGUGA